AGUUUACUGUUUUGAAUCCAUCCUGUUGUGAGGAAGUGUUUAGUGUUUAGGAUCAUCAAUAAAUAUCAUGCAUAUGUUUCAUUUGUUACAGAAAGCGUUUGUUUACAGUCACAGUAUGUUUCGAAGGAUCUGCUUUUAAAGCUUCCUGAGUCUCUGGGGCGGGUUGACUGUCUAGGACCAGGAUGGAGAUGGCGCUGUUGGAUGGCUGGAAGGAGGAGAGGGCGGAGCUGAGGGCGGAGGUGUCUCGCCUGCAGAAUGAGCUGGCUGAAAGUCACGCUGAGAGAGAGGAGCUGGAGUCACGUGCCCAGGCCCUCACAGACAGGCUGUCCCAGUCCCUGGACCCGUCCCUGUGCGUGCGCCCGGACAGUGACCUGAGAAGGAAGAUGCGAGAUGGCAGAGAGAGGGAGGCCCGGCAGGCUCUACUCAUCCACAAACUGCAGAACAAGGUGGUUGAAUACCGGGAUCGCUGUCAGGGGUUGGAAUACCGGGUGAAGACUGAAGAAAGAGAGAUCCUGAAACGUGAGAGGAGGAUCAGGGAUGAGCACAGUGACUCCUUAGAGAGCGCCCUCAUCAGGCUGGAGGAAGAACAGCAGAGGAGUGUAGGGCUGGCAGAGCUGAACUCUCUCCUUCGUGGCCAGCUCAGCCAAUCAGGCCAGGUAAAUGAAGCACUGAGAGAGGACCUUUGCAAACUGACUACCGAUUGGUCCAAAGCGGUGGAGGAGGCGGGACUGAGGGAGAUGGAGUGGCAGAAAGAGAAAGAGCGACUGACCGGUCAUGUCGACCGCGGGCAGAGUCGUCUGAUGUCCAUGUGGGGAGAUGUGGUCACUCUGAGACGACACUGUCACACUGUGAAGACUGCCACUGACAGGGACCUCUGGGAGCUUAGAGCUGAGUUCUCUCGUCUGUCUUCCUCUCUCCUCUCCCACUGUGGUUCAGUGGUGUCUCUAUCUCUACGGCCCAGUGACCCUACAACCAGCCUCCAUCUUGCUCCCCGCUCUGCCUCCGCCCCACCCCACUCCUCCACCCCGGGCUCACCUCCUCUCUCCUCCACCCUAGGCCCUCUCUCCUUGCAGGAUCUGGACCACGACCAGAAGGAGAGAGAGAGAGAGGAGAGAGAGAGGGAGCUGACAGAGCUCAGAGCCCUCUAUGAAGCUGAGACCCUGCAUCUGAAUAACAGGAUCUCAGAGUUAUCUCGUACCAUUCAGGAUCAAAAGAUAGAACGACAGGAGGAGGAGAGGAAGAUGGAGCGAGGGAUGGCUUCGGAGAAGAAAGAGGAGCGAGAAAAGGAGAGACAGACAAACACAGAGAGAACUCUAGAGUGUGUCUAUCAGGCCGUUCUAAAACUGUCCAAGGUGCUGAGCUCCCAGAGUCUGGAUGGACAGAGUAGCAGUAGCCAUACUCUGUCUCUGUCCAGUGAUUGGUUAGGACCAGACCUGUUGACUAGAGGGCUAACCCAGGUGCUGGCUGUAUUGGCCCAGGCUGAGACCAACCUGCUGUGGCGGCACCAGGAAGUACAGGAGGCUGCGGCCAGCCUGCGGAGGCUGGGUGAGGAGAGAGCAGGACUGGAACAGAGAGUCAGACAGCUGGAGACUGACACAGAGGAGAGGCAGAAACAGAGCCUGUAUGAAGAACAGGAGCUCACUCACAUUCAGGACAUGUUACUAAGUGAGAGAGAGAUGGUGGGCUCCCUGAGGAGUCAGCUGAAGGAAGAAGAGAGACAGAGUGAGGAGAGGAGGAAGGAGAACGAACGACUGAGACUGGAGAGAGAGAGGGAGGAGGAGCAGAGGAACGAGCUGGAGAGCGAGAGGCAGAGACGGUUGGAGGCGGACCUGGUAGAGAACGCCCAUCUCAGUGAGCGUGAGGCUUGUAUCCGCAUGGAGCUGCAUGGUCUACAGGGAGCGCUGCAGAGAGAACAGCUGGACAGGGAGAGGGCAGAGGAGGAAGCUGCUGAUGCCAGGGAUGCGCUAAGCAAGGCCCGUGAGUCAGUGUUAACCCUUUCGUCUGGUCAAACCCUUCUGAAGAGAGAAGUGUCAGAGCACCGUGACGCCCUAGAGAAGAUGGCUGCCUUAAACGAAGCCUUAGCCAAGGACAAGAGAGAGCUCAACGCCCAGGCACUACAGCUUGAGAUGGAGUUGGCUGACCUCCAGGUCCAGCUACAGGGACUAGAGUCAAAGGUCGUGACCCUUCGUAGGGAGCUUCACACCCAGUCCAAUGAGAGCACAGAGUUAAGGACUCGUAGAAGAUCAGAGCUCAGCUCCCUGCAGCAGCUCAGGGACAGAGAGAGAGAGCUGGAGAGAGAGGUGGAGACCAUACGACAGGAGAAGGAGAGAGAGGUGGAGACCCUACGAGAGGAGAAGGAGAGAGAGGUGGAGACCCUACGAGAGGAGAAGGAGAGAGAGGUGGAGACCCUACGAGAGGAGAAGGAGAGAGAGUUGGAGACCCUACGGGAGGAAAGAGGAAGGGUUGGAAAACGACUGGAAGAGCUGUCGGUGCAGCACGGUGCAGUGUGUGGGGAGUUGAGAGGUCUGCAGGCAGAGCUGUGCCAAGCCACAGAGCAGCAGAGGAGGGCAGAGAGAGAGACUGAGGAACUACUAAGAGAGAACCAGGAUGUGGCGGGGACUGUCCUCUCACUGGAGAGAGAGAGAGACCAGCUGGGGCAGGACAUUGAGGAACUCAGGAUCCUGACGGUCUCACAGCAGCACCAGUUAACCCAGGCCCAGCAGCAGGUCUCAGGGCUGGAGGUAGAGAGUAGGCAGCUACAGAUCCAGGUCACCACUCUGCUCCAGACCAAGGAUGUGAUGCAGGGGGAGGUCCAGUGUCUGAGGGGAGAGAUGGAGAGAGGGAGGAGCCAGACAGAGAAGGAGAAACAGGAGGAGCGAGAGGAGAGAGAGAGGAGCCAGAGAGAGAGUGAGGUCUGCCAGGCUGACCUAGAAAGGCUGCAGUUACUGGUAGAUCAGACAACAGAGAAAGGGACAAGACAAGAGGAGGAACGGAGAGAAGAGAGGGAAGGAUGGCAGAGAGAGAGGAUGGCGUUGAGCUCGGAGCUGGGGCACAGAGAUGGAGAGGUGGUGGCGAUGAAGAGCAGGAUGGAGGGAUUGGAGAAGGAGAAGGAGGAGAGAGAUGCAGAGCUGGAGAGACUAACCGCAGAACACAAGAGCCACCUACACAGAGAGAGAAAACUGAAGGAGGAGAGAGAUGCAGAGCUGGAGAGACUAACCACAGAACACAAGAGCCACCUACACAGAGAGAGAAAACUGAAGGAGGAGGGGGAGAGAUGGAGAGAGAAAGCAGAGGAGAGAGCAGAAGAGGGGGAGAGAUGGAGAGAGAGAGCAGAGGAGGGAGAGAGAUGGAGGGAGAAAGCAGAGGAGGGAGAGAGAUGGAGAGAGAGAGCAGAGGAGGGAGAGAGAUGGAGGGAGAAAGCAGAAGAGGGGGAGAGAUGGAGGGAGAAAGCAGAAAAGAGAGCAGAAGAGGGGGAGAGAUGGAGGGAGAGAGCAGAGGAGGUAGAGAGAUGGAGGGAGAGAGCAGAGGAGGGAGAGAGAUGGAGGGAGAGAGCAGAGGAGAGGGAGAGAGAAAAUGCGAGACUGAGUCAGAGGCUCACUGAAAAAGAGAAGAAUAACAGUGAACAACUAAAGGCUGUGAAAAGAGAGAGUGACAAGAUAGCAGAACAACUGAAAAAGGAGGAGGUAGAUGGAAGGAAGAGAUUAGAGAAGAUAGAGGAACUGAAAACUAGAAUGAUCUCACUGGAGGAAGAAAGAGACAAUCUGGAGGCAGAACUGAAGAAAACUGAACUAUUGGAGAACAAGAUGUUUGCCGUGGAGAGAGAGAACUCACAGCUCAGAGAGAGGGAGAGAGAAAGAUACCAGGAGGAGAGUCUGAGAAAGAGGAGGAAUGAGUCGGAGGGAAGGGAGCGAUUAGAGGAGAUAGAGGAGCUGAAAACUCGAAUAAUCUCACUGGAGGAAGAAAGAGACAAUCUGGAGAGGGAAAUGGUGGAAAUGAGUCAGAGGUUUAAAGAAACAGAGAAUAAAGAGAGUGAACAACUGAAAGACAGAAGAAGAGAGAUGGAGAAGGUGGCAGAAGUUCUGAGAACAAGGGAAGGAGAGAUGAGAAAGAGAGAGGAGGAGAUGACAGAAGUUCUGAGAACAAGGGAAGGAGAGAUGAGAAAGAGAGAGGAGGAGAUGACAGAGCUGAAAGCCACGAUCAUCUCUCUGGAGGAAGAGUUGAAGGACAUUGAGAUAUUAAAGGGAAACCUUCAGGCUUUAGAAGAGGUCAACACCAAACUCCUGGACAAGGAGAUAGAGGAAGAGAGGAAGACGGAGAAGAGAGAAGCAGAAGAGAGGGAGAGGGCGGAGAGAUUGAAAGAAGAGCUGACACAGAAAGACGUGGAGGUACAGGAGGUGAAGAACAGGAUGGAGGGAUUGGAGAAGGAGAGGGAGGAGAGAUUGAAAGAAGAGCUGACACAGAAAGACGUGGAGGUACAGGAGGUGAAGAACAGGAUGGAGGGAUUGGAGAAGGAGAGGGAGGAGAGAUUGAAAGAAGAGCUGACACAGAAAGACGUGGAGGUACAGGAGGUGAAGAACAGGAUGGAGGGAUUGGAGAAGGAGAGGGAGGAGAUGUCGUGUUUGUUGGAGGAGAGAGACGCAGAGCUGGAGAGACUAACCGUAGAACACAAGAGCCACCUACACAGAGAGAGAAAACUGAAGGAGGAGGGGGAGAGAUGGAGAGAGAGAGCAGAGGAGGGAGAGAGAUGGAGAGAGAAAGCAGAGGAGGGAGAGAGAUGGAGGGAGAAAGCAGAGGAGAGAGCAGAAGAGGGGGAGAGAUGGAGGGAGAAAGCAGAGGAGAGAGCAGAAGAGGGAGAGAGAUGGAGGGAGAAAGCAGAGGAGAAAGAGAGAUGGAGGGAGAGAGCAGAAGAGGGAGAGAGAUGGAGGGAGAGAGCAGAAGAGGGAGAGAGAUGGAGGGAGAAAGCAGAGGAGAAAGAGAGAUGGAGGGAGAGAGCAGAAGAGGGGGAGAGAUGGAGGGAGAAAGCAGAAGAGGGGGAGAGAUGGAGGGAGAAAGCAGAGGAGAGAGCAGAAGAGGGAGAGAGAUGGAGGGAGAAAGCAGAGGAGAGAGCGGAAGAGGUAGAGAGAUGGAGGGAGAGAGCAGAAAAGAGAGCAGAAGAGGGGGAGAGAUGGAGGAGAAAGCAGAAGAGGGGGAGAGAUGGAGGGAGAAAGCAGAAGAGGGGGAGAGAUGGAGGGAGAAAGCAGAGGAGAGAGCAGAAGAGGGGGAGAGAUGGAGGGAGAAAGCAGAGGAGAGAGCAGAGGAGGGAGAGAGAUGGAGGGAGAGAGCAGAGGAGGGAGAGAGAUGGAGGGAGAGAGCAGAGGAGGGAGAGAGAGAAAAUGCGAGACUGAGAGAGGCUCACUGAAAAAGAGAAGAAUAACAGUGAACAACUAAAGGCUGUGAAAAGAGAGAGUGACAAGAUAGCAGAACAACUGAAAAAGGAGGAGGUAGAUGGAAGGAAGAGAUUAGAGAAGAUAGAAGAACUGAAAACUAGAAUGAUCUCACUGGAGGAAGAAAGAGACAAUCUGGAGGCAGAACUGAAGAAAACUGAACUAUUGGAGAACAAGAUGUUUGCCGCGGAGAGAGAGAACUCACAGCUCAGAGAGAGGGAGAGAGAAAGAUACCAGGAGGAGAGUCUGAGAAAGAGGAGGAAUGAGUCGGAGGGAAGGGAGCGAGAGGAGAGACUGAGAGGAAAGCUGGAGCUGAGAGAAGGAGAGGUUGAGGUCUUGAGAGUGAAGUUGAUUGUCUUAGAAGAAGAGAGGGAUGAGGGGAAGAGAGAGCAGCAGACACUAGAGGGGAAGAUGGAGAGACAGAUGGCUCAGCUGAGGGAAAGAGAAGAGGAGGUAGAGAAACUGAGGGAGGAGGAAGAGAAGGCCGGGGCUAGGCUACAGCAGAGCGAGGAAGAGUUGAGAAAUCUGAAAGACAGAAUGCACCAGUCAGAGCUCUCAGAGAAACACGUCUCAGACCUUCUGAUAGAGACGGAGUCUUUACUAGAGACCGAGAGGAGUCAGAGCAGAGACAGGGAUAAAGCACUACACCUGGCCAAGGAGGAGAGGGAGAGAGAACGGGCACAGGAAACAGAGCAGCACAACGUGAGACUGGAAGAGGAAGUGAAGAAAUGGAAAGAAAGAGUGGAGGAACGGAUAAAAGAAGUAGCAAGGCUCUCACAGCUCCUGAAGGAGAGAGAGGAGGAGGACUUUAGGGUGAGAGCGGUAGAGAGCGGUGGAGAAAGACAGAGACAGAAGGAGGAACUGAAAAGGAGUGAGGAGGAGAGGGAGAGACAGGAGGAUGUUUUGAGGAGGAACAAGGAGGAGAGGGAAUGGUUGGGUGCCCAGCUGAAAGAGGAGCAGACGGAGGGAGAGAGACUGAGGUCCAGACUAGAGGAGGUGCAGAGAGGACAACGCCUCCUGCAGGAGGAUAGAGGAUGUCGCGUAGAGAGGCUGGGGGCUCAGGUUAAAGCCCUGGAGGAGGAGAGAGACCACCUCUUAGCUGAGAUCAGGAAGAAGGAGAGAGAGGCUGGGAUCCUGAAGGAUGAGACUCACAGAGAGAGGAGAGAGAAAGAGAGGACUGGCUCCUCACUGAGAAGGAUGGAGGAGGAGUUGAAGGAGAGCAGGGAGGCGCUGGCCCUCCGUCUGGCCACCCUGAAGGAGCAGGGAGCAGAGAUGACCAGGAGCAGGGAGAGAAGCAGGAAGGAGGUGCAGGAGAAGGAGGGGGACAACCAGAAGAUGAGAGAGGGGCUGAAGACAGCCAUGCAGGAGAUGGCUACCCUGAACCAGCUGCUGGAGGAGAGCCACAGGGAGGGGGAGAGGCUAAGGAGCCUCCUGCAGGAGAGGAAAGAGGAGAUGGUGAAGAGCAGGGAGGAGAGCCUGCGUGCUGCCCGGGGGGAGGUGGAGGAGCUGCGAGGGAGGACCAGGGCUGUGGAGCAAGAGAAAAGGGAGGUGGAGAGAAAGCUCAGAGACAGAGAGGAGGAGAUGGAGGAGGCAGUGAGAGAGAAGGACAGGAGACAGAAGGAGAUGGAGGAGGUGUUGGGAGAGAAGGAGGCUGAGCUGACAACCACCAGGGCUAGACUGGAUGUCCUGGAGGAACAGAGGACAGAGCUCAGAUGUCUGGCUGCUGAGAAGGCAGUUACACAGCUCAGAGAGAGAAUCAGAGUGGUGGAGGGAGAGAUGGAGGGAGUGAGAGAAGAGAAGAAGAGCGAGAUCGAGAGGCUUCAGCGGAAGAUGGAGACGUUGAGACAGGAAGAGGAGGAGAGGAGGGAGAGUCUGAAACUAAGGGAGCAGGAGAGCCUGAGGCGUGUAGAGUUAGUCACGGACAUGCUGAGAGAGAGGGAGACGGAGCUGGAGAGGGUGAGAGAGAAAGCUUACAGAGAGGAGAAAGAUCAACUGGAGGAGAGAAAGAGAGACACAGAGGAAGUGAAACUGCAGAGUCUGGAGAAAGAAGAGACAGAUGAACAGAGGAGACUGAGAGAGCCUGGGGAACAAAAGGAGGCGACAGACCAGAAGAGAGGAGAAAGAAGUCGGGAGGGUCCAGGAAGAGAGGUCUGGCUUCAGGACGAGGUAGAUACUCUGAGGAAGAGAGUGUCCUCCCAGCUCCAGGACACAGAGGAAAGGGAGAGACUGUUGAGACAGAGAGAAGAGGAGGGCCAGGAGAGUCUUAGACUGUUGAGACAGAGAGAGACAGAGCUUUACACCCUGAGAGAGAGAGUAGAGGAACUCGGUAAGGACAGAGACCGUGUCACAGCUGCCCUGGAGAAGACUGAGGCUACCAUGAUUGGCUACCGGGACAGAGCCCACCAACAGGAGCAAAGCAAAGGGGCGGGAUCUGAGAGGGCCGUGGCCCAGCUAGAGAUGGACCCCCUGGUCCAGGAACGUCUGUCUGUCCUACAGAGGGCCGUGGCCCAGCUCGAGAUGGACCCUGGUGUAAAUGACUGUCUGUCUGUCCUGCAGAGGACCGUGGCCCAGCUAGAGAUAGACCCUGGUGUAAAUGACUGUCUGUCUGUCCUGCAGAGGGCCGUGGCCCAGCUAGAGAUGGACCCCCUGGUCCAGGAACGUCUGUCUGUCCUGCAGAGGGCCGUGGCCCAGCUAGAGAUAGAUCAUAGACGGCUACAGAGGAGAAACACACUACUGGAACAACGCACUGACAGACUGAAGACUGAGAGGAAACACCUCAGAGAGAUGCUGACACAGACGGAGAGAGGAUCCUCCAGCCGCCUCAGAGACAGAGCUCAGGUUGGUCAUCAACCGUCUGCUAACUACUCUGGUCAUGUCACUAGCAGUUACAACUCAAUGGGCUCUACUACAGUGCAGUUGGAGGGGGUGGUGUGUGCUGAAUUUAGACAGAGCAUUAACUCCUUUCUGUUCUAGGAGUCCAGGGGCUUGGUUGGUCUGGAAACAGAGGAGUUGGAACUCCUUAGGACCAAGGUGAAGGAGCUAGAGGACCAGGUACACUACCUACAGCUGACACUCGUCCUCGACCACCGGGAGAGGGUGGAGUUUAUCCAACACUCCUCCAGGAACAACCAAUGGCUGGUGUCUCUUCGCCAAGACUUGACUGAUUCUCUGGUAUUGGUCUCGCAGCAACCAAUCCCCUCUGUGCUGGAGUCAGAGACACACCGAUUGGAUAGGAGUGUCAGGGAGGAGGAGAUGAGAUUGUCUCUCAGUCAGAGUUGAAGAUGAAGCACAGUAUGUUUGCCUCCGAAAUGGCACCCUAUUGUCUUCCAGGGCUCUGGUCAAAAGUAGUGCACUAUAUCUGGAAUAGGGUGCCAUUUGGGUCUAAAGUAGUGCACUGUAUCUGGAAUAGGGUGCCAUUUGGGUCUAAAGUAGUGCACUGUAUCUGGAAUAGGGUGCCAUUUGGGUCUAAAGUAGUGCACUGUAUCUGGAAUAGGGUGCCAUUUGGGUCUAAAGUAGUGCACUGUAUCUGGAAUAGGGUGCCAUUUGGGUCUAAAGUAGUGCACUGUAUCUGGAAUAGGGUGCCAUUUGGGUCUAAAGUAGUGCACUGUAUCUGGAAUAGGGUGCCAUUUGGGUCUAAAGUAGUGCACUGUAUCUGGAAUAGGGUGCCAUUUGGGACUAAAGUAGUGCACUAUAUCUGGAAUAGGGUGCCAUUUGGGACUUACCCUAUGUAUACUGAACAAAGAUAUAAACACAACAUGCAACACUUCAUAUUAACUCAAUUGAAAUGAAUUAGGUCCUAAUCUAUGGAUUUAACAUGACUGGGCAGGGGCUCAGCCAUGGGUGGGCCUGGGAGGGCAUAGGCCCAACUAAUCAGAAUGAGUUUUUCCCCACAAAAGGGCUUUAUUACAGACAGAAAUACUCCUCCGUUUGAUCAGCUGUCCGGGUGGCUGUUCUCAGACGAUUUCGCAGGUGAAGAAGCUGGAUGUGGACCUCCUGGGCUGGCCUGGUUACACGUGGUCUGUGGUUGUGAGGCUGGCUGGACGUAUCGCCAUAUUCUCUAAAAGGACAUUGGAGGUGGCUUAUGGUAGAGAAAUUAACAUUCAAUUAUCUGGCAACAGCUCUGGUGGACAUUCCUGCAGUCAGAAUGCCAAUUGCACCCUCCUUCAAAACUUGAGACAUCUGUGGCAUUGUGUUGUGUGACAAAACUGCACAUUUUAGAGUGGCCUUUUAUUUUUCCUAGCACAAGGUGCACCUGUGUAAUGCUCAUGCUGUUAAAUCAUCUUCUUGAUAUGCCACACCUGUCAGGUGGAUGGAUUAUCUUGGCAAAGAAGAAAUGCUCACUAACAGGGAUGUAAAUUAAUUUGUGCACAACUUUAAAUGUUGUGUUUAUAUUUUUGUUCAGUGUAGUUAUCAUAUACCUUUUAUGCGUUUGAAUCCGAGUUGGGGUCAAUUCACUUUUCAAUGUAGUCAAUUCAGGAAGUGAAUAUUUCCAAUUCAUGAGGAUUUUUCCAAUUCAUGAAAGCCCGAUUCCGACUUAGGAGGCCUCUCAUACUCACUUCAGUAGUUGGUAUUCAGACUUAACUUAUGAAGGUGUGUAACGUGCUUUUCUUUUGAGCUCGCUGAAUACAUUUAAUUAAACUGCUGAAAACACUC